AUGGGCGACAACUUUGAAAACUUUUUAAAUGAACAGAAGGCGAAGUUAGCAUCAGAUAAAGCGAAUUAUGUGCCUUACAUGGAAAUGAAGACCAAGGAAGACUACAUAAACACAGAGAAGGAGAACACUGAGCCUGCCAGUGGGCCGUCACCAUAUAAACAGAACAAAGAUGGAUUUGGUCUAAUUUUGCAGCUAGGAGAGGAGUAUGACAAGAAGAAACAACAGCUAAAACAGGAGCUUCGUGAGGACUACAUUCGCUAUGUCUCAGAGAAAGAACAUUUGAUUGCAGACAAGCCAGGCCCAGAGUCUCAACUAGGGUCUCUUCCCAUUAAAGAAAGGAAAUCUGCAAAGGACAAACUACGAGAUGAGAGAAACAAGGAAUACAUUCUUUUCCUUAAAGGGCAAGGGGGAGCAAGAAAAACAAGGAACUCUUCCUUUGGUACUCCACAGGCACGGGACAGCGACCCUAUUUGCUCAAAGCCUCCAUUACCUCCCUCUGACAACGCAGCAGAGCAGGAUCAGGCUAGAGCUUUAACCCCAGAGAGGUUGCUGUCCUCCAGAAAGGACGCUGCCACCCUGACAGAACCCAGGAGCAGGGUGUAUCAGAGGCCAAGGCGACGCAGACGCUGGGUGGAGAGCCCAGAAACCUCUGAGGGGAGGCUGAGAAAGCACAUAGAUUCUUACAGCUCCGAGGAAGAACCUGAAUUGGAAGAGGACGAGGAAGAGUUGGAGCAGCUGUACAAGAGGAGGUCCAGACAUAGACGGGAGCCUGUACAAACUGACAGGAGAGAAAAAAGAACUGCUCAUGAGAGGAGAGGAGUGGAUACUCAGGCUGUUAAUGAAGAGGUGCACCAAGAAGAGAAUAGAAGAACUUUGUCAGCAUCAUUCAAUCCCAAUCCGCAGGACCUGGAAAAGACUGCAGAGAGAUCCAAGUCGGCUUCCAACCAGAACAUGGCCGAAUUUGCCACGGGGCUCCUGAUCGGAGCUGCAGAGGGAGGUGAGGCUGCUCAGAGGAGAAAGGAGCGGUAUAGACAGGAACUGCUGGAGCAAAUGGCCGAGCAGCAAAAGAACAAAAGAAGGGAAAAGGAGCUGGAGUUGAGAGUAGCAGCUACAGGAGCUGUUGACCCAGAAAAACAGACUCUGAAAUGUGCAAUGUGUCUUCUCUCUCACUGUAUCUAAUAGCCUGAUCGUAUCAAACAGUUUGGUGCGGUAAAUCGGGAAUAUGAAAGCAGGAAAAGAGACGCUCCUUACAGGCCUGGGAUCGGUCUGAACGCUUUAAGGAGCGACUCAGAUAGGGGUUCACGCGAAGAGAAGCCGUCCCUGGAUGAGACGGCUCCCCCGGAGAGGCCCCGUGCGGCGUUCCAGUCACCACCCCUGGGCUACAACGCCGCCCUGAGCCUGCAGGCUGCGGCGGGAGAUGCAGGGUUAGGGACAGGAGCUGGUCUGGGUGUUAGUGAAGUAAGCCCCAUCAAUGAUGACUUCCACAGAAGACUCUCAGGUACUCUGGGAGACAUUAUGGCUCCGAGAAUCAGAAGUGUCCCGCUGCCUUUGGCACCCACGCUAGCAGACACGUACAGAACUCCAUACGAUGAUGCUUACUACUACUAUGGGGCCAGAAAUCCCCUGGAUCCCAGUCUAACCUACUGUGAGUUUGAAUGGCUUUUCAGUGCCAUCGCACAAGUGAAUAGUCAGCAGGGCAUUGGUCCACCUGGAGAGGGUUCAGGGGUCUAUUCUACAGAGAGACCCAAACAGACCAAAGACAGUGUCCUGAAUUACCAAGAUGCUCUUAAACAACAGAUCCAGGAAAGACAGGAGCGAAAGAGGCGAGAGAGAGAGGAGAGGGAGCGCUACGACGCUAAACUGGAGGCGGAGAUGAAAGCCUAUGAGCCGUGGGGGCGGGGAGGGGGUGGAGCUCCACUGAGAGAUGACCGGGGCAACCUCAUCAGUGACCUGAGACACAUGCACAGGUCAAAUGAGGAGGCCUACGUGAACCCUGAAUAUCGGGACAGAAGAGCCGUGACGUCCAUGUCAAAAGGAGAGGACAGGAUUCCCUCUACUCACAGACUGUCGGAUUUCUCCGCGGCUCAGCCGUCGCCACACGCUCGAGGCAACGUCUUCGCAGAGCUGCCUACACCUCAGCAACUACACGAACAAGACAAGUACAGGGAUUACCUGAGACAGCAGAUCGAGGAGAAACGGAGAAAGGAUGCAGAAGAGAAGGAGCGUCUGAGGCUUGAGACGGAGAGGGAGGAGAGGAGAUUGGCUGAACAGAGGGCUCGUAUCCAGAAGGAGUACGAGGAGGAGCAGGAAAAGAAGAAACGCAAGGAGAUGGAGCAAAUAGCCAAAAAUGAAGAGCUGGUUCGUCAGGCAGAGGAACGGCGCAGAGAGGCUGAACGCAAGAAGAAAGAGGAGGACGAGAGAGCGACCGAGGCCUUGAGGAAGCAGUACGAGAGAGACAGACAAACUCGUCUGGAGGAGAUUCACAGAGAGCCGUCGCCACCCAUCCCGACCCUGCAGAGGAAGUUGGGUCAGCAGCGUUCUCCCAGACCACUGAGCGUAGAGAGCCGUCGAUCUGCUGCCUCUCUGGCUGCGAGGUCGAGGUCUGCCCCUCACUCUCCCCCCGUGCCCGCGCGGAGGAAUCAGCUCCGAGCAACAGAGGAACAGCAGGGUGUGAUCAGUGAGCUAUCAGCUCUGCGUAAGCAGCUGCGCAGUGAACAGAGACGUGUGGAGGACCAACUGCUGCAGUCUGACAGAGACGAUGUCAUCACCCCUGUUUAUCAUAAAGAGCGACCUCCGGCGGAUGUUUUUGACAUGGCCAGACUGCGUAUCCAGGUGCCUGCCAGGAGACCCCCCUCAAAAACCAAAGCACCAGUUAACAUUCAGAAUAUACUGGACUUCAACCAGCUCAAGUAUAGAGACAGUGUGUCUCGUGAGGAACUGCGACAUGCAUUUCCUGACCCACCCAGUGAUGAUCACAGUCUGGACAUCCAGCAGCAGGCUCUUCUCAGAGAACAGCAACGCAAGAUCAGCAGCCUGAGAACAGCCAGAGGAGCUGAUUACUUUGACCUGUCAUCUCCUGUGAAACAUCAUCAUCAUCAUCAUCAUCAGUUGAGGGAGAACUCUGCUGGAGACCCAGGGAGAGGUUCUCUAUUAGAGGCAGAUAGUGCUUUUAUUGAUCCCAGUGGAGACGUGUACACGGAGCCGCCCCCCCCUGAGCAGAGGGCUCGACAGAACUCCGCCAGAGACAGGAGGCGGGCCGCCAGGAAGACAGACUUCGGUGAUGACGCCCAGUCGCUCCAGUCCAUCAGCAGCUUUAACGUAGAGAGUGUUAUGGAGCGAAACCAGCGGCGGAUGAGAAGACUGGAGGACAUGAGUGAGAGGGACUGGAGAUCUGAGGAGGUGUCAGGGGAUGAGGGGGACGAUUUUUGGGACCAGCCUCUGCCUCCUCACACAGACAGACGUGUUUCUGUGGACACGGUUGCCACAGAGCCUUGGCUAAGGCCUGGUACUUCAGAGACGCUGAAGAGAUCCAUGGCAGGUCGCAGGCUGUCCAGCAAACAACCCAUUGAUCAGGACUGGGAGGGACCCUCCACUUACCAUGGUUAA